AUGGAUUUUCUGACGGGACACAUAAUAAGAGGAAAAUACGUGGUCGUUAAAGCAUUGGGUCAGGGAAGCUCAGCAAAAGUUUAUGAGUGUGAGGAUAUGCAAACCAGAAAACAUUAUGCUGUUAAAGUGGUCAAAAAAGCAUAUCAAUCUGAAGAGAGCUCCAUAAUGAAGAAGUUAUCUCAUCCGAACAUUCCGAUGCUAAAAGAUUUUCAUGAAGAGGGACAUUUAAGGUACAUGAUUAUGGAAAUGUGCAAAGGCCAGACACUCCAAUCCCAUCUUGAGAAGGGUAAAAAAUUCGAGAAAUCAGAAGCUGCAGAAUAUUAUGACAGCUCUGGAGGUGCAAACAUUUUUCCUAUAUGUCAUCUAGAUAUUUGCAUGCAUGCGUAA